GGGCACACUCGGACAGUGCGGUGUAAUCAGCGGGACUGGCUCCUCAGCCCUGCGGGACAGUGACGCUUUGGGGGCGGCUGCUCGGGGACCGCAGGAGGAUCACAGAGACGCGUGUCUGGAGCCUGGAACGGAAACAGUGCGGAGCUGUCCGGGCGCGAGCCUGAGCCGAGCCGCCGAGGCGAACUGCACCCACAGACUCGAGAUGCUCACCGCUCUCCGGACCAUAGCGACGAUACCGAGCGGGGCCCGAAUCAGCGAUGCCUUUCAGACGGAGAGCCAGGAUGGUGCGGUGGCUGGUGUGCACGCGCUGGGGGCCCCUGUGGCUGUGGAAGGCCCUGCUCGUUUGUGUGGCCUUCGCCUUCGCCGGACAACUGCUGGGGGUCAUCUUCAACAAGACUGUCCCCUCUGCAGGCCGCUCCAUUCUUUCGGCCCCUGACCAGGGCCCGUCCUUGGGCUCCUGUCGGCCCCACACUCACAUAAUGUUCCUGAAGACCCAUAAAACAGCCAGCAGCACCGUGCUCAACAUGCUGUACCGCUUUGGGGAGGAACGGGGGCUGCGCUUCGCUCUGCCACUGGGCUACCAGCUGGGCUACCCACUACCCUUCAAUGCUCACCGGGUCAAAGGUUACAGGGGCCCUGGGGCCAGUGACUUCCACAUUAUGGGCAACCACAUGCGCUUCAACAGAGCAGAGGUGGAGAAAGUGAUGCCUUCCGACGCCUUCUACUUCUCCAUUGUCCGCGACCCGGUGGCGCUGGCAGAGUCCUCUUUUGCCUACUACAAAGAGGUAGCCCCCGCCUUCCGCAAAGCCAAGAGUUUGGGGGAAUUUGCGGACAACCCAUGGAAAUUCUAUGACGCACGGCUCCGCAACAACCACUACGCCCGCAACCUCCUCUGGUUCGACUUCGGCAUGGACCACAAUGCCAACUACUCCAUCCCUUUGGCGCGUCACGGUGAAAAAGUGAUCAAACAGGUCUUCAAGCUCAUUUUGGUCUCCGAAUACUUCGACCAGUCCAUGAUCUUACUGCGGCAUGCCCUCUGCUGGCCACUGGAUGCUGUUGUCUCCUUUAGCUUGAAUGCCAGGCAACAGAAAUCUGAUCGGAGUAGUAGUAGUAGCUGGGUGGCAAAAGCAGCUCCGUCCCAAGCUAAAAUGCUGCCAAAUCUCUCGCUCACAGACGAACAGCGUGAGAAGCUCAGGGAGUGGAACGCUUUGGACUGGGCCCUGUACCAGGCCUUCAAUAGAACAUUCUGGGAGAAGAUUCAGAGGUUUGGGUUGGCACGAAUGGACCAGGAAGUGGCGCUGCUACGGACGCGGCGUGAAGAUCUUGCAAGAUUGUGUUUGAGGGACGGUGGGAAGCCAGUGGAGGCGCAACGGAUUCGGGACAAGACGAUUCGUCCGUUUCAGAGCGGUGUAGUGAAAAUCUUGGGUUAUGAGUUGCAACCGCGCUUGGACAAUGCUACCCGGACCGCCUGUUUGAGAAUGAUAAGGCCAGAGAUCCAGUAUAAAGAUGUCCUGGACGCCAAGCAGUUUCCGAGGUCAGCAGCACCAGCGCAACCGGCCCCUCCAGACUCCAAGGCGAGGGCAGGGCUUGGGGAGAGGGCGGGGUUAGGGGAGGGGGGAGGGGUCAGGGACUGGGACGGCAGCCAUUUGAAACAGAAUCAGACUGUAAAAUUAAGAUAAUGAACAAGUGAAUGAAGCAGGUCUUUUUUCUGUCAUUGACGAAUUCAAAGUCAUGUCUUUGUGAGUGUGUGGUGAAUUUUAGAGGGGUCUUCCAUAAGGCAGACUUGACUCUAACAAGCCUGGGUCACUCCACUAUGACCUGCGUACUGUAGGUUCUUUCUGAAACAACCUCCUACUCCCACGCCCUAUACAUAUCCACUUGAUCUGCACACUUAAGUCCAAGGGUUCUAUGUGAGUCAUGGUUUUGACUACAAAUUUUCUUCAAAGGUACACUAUGUAACGUUUCUAGUAGAAGGUCCACCACUUGUCUCUGUGGAGAUGUUAUUGCUUUGCAUACCUCUGCAUAAUUAAUUAAUUCAUUAAAUCUCUGUGGAUAAAAGCAAAGCAAGUUACCAGGAUCUACAGCUCAGACAUUGGAAUGUCAUUGAAAAGUGUAGCCGAUAGUGACAAAUAGUAAAGGUAGUCCACACAGAAAGGGUCUCACUCCCACAAGGAACAAUAGCAGACACUGAGGACAGUUACAAAUACAGAAGAAGAAGAAGAAGAAACAAGGAAAGCAGCCACGGCCAAAUACCUCCAACAAGCAAGGCAAGUCCUAAGGAGUCACCUCAAAGGCAAGAACAAGACCCACGCAAUAAACAGCUAUGCCCUGCCAGUAAUGAGAUACUCAGUAGGUCUGUAUCUCCUUCUUUGGCCACAGACAUUUGAUCCCAAAUCCAGCACCCUGACACUACGUCAGCCGUAAGGAAGGAGGCCGAGGACUAGUGAGUGUGAGAGGCACAGUCCAGAAUGAAACAUCCAAGAUCCAUAAGGACAUCAAGGACAAGGUCCCAACAAAUGACGUGCUCAGCAAAUGUCUCAGACAGUGGAGAGCAGAGGAAGAGGUGCUGGACGUACCAUCAUGAGAGGACAAGCCCCUGUAUGGGAUGUACCACUCUAACUGAAGUGGCUGAUAUCAAGAAAUCCUACCAAUAGCUAUAGAGAGCUGGUCUGAAGCACAGCACAGCGGCAGACAUCCUGGCUGCACAGGAGCAGACUUUGAGCACUAGAGCGAUAGAGACCUAGAUCUAUCACACUGGACAAGACCCAAGGUGCAGGCUGUGCAAAGAGGCCCCUGAGACAAUCCAGCACAUAACUGCAGGGUGUAAGAUGCUGGCAGGGAAAGCAUACAUGGAGCGGCAUAACCAAGUGGCGGGCAUAGGGUACAGAAACAUCUGUGCAGUGUAUGGACUGUUUUCCCACCUUGACCUUGGAGACCCCAAUGUCAAGGUGGGAAACCUCCAAAGGUAGUGGAGAGUGAUCGACCCAAGAUCCUGUGGGAGUCAUAAUGUUGAACCAACUGGACAUGUGGUGGUGGACAAACAAUAGAGCAAAGCCUUUGUGGUGGACAUUGCAGUACCAGGUGAUGGGAACAUCAGGAAAAAAUAACAUUAAAAACUAGAGAAAUAUCAGGGGCUCAAAGAAGAGCUGGAGAACUCCUGUAAUUAUAUACAUGAUCAUUUAAAUCACUGUGGAACAUUCCAGGCAAAGCAAUAAUCCAUGGAGACAAGCAAGUGGCACACCCCCCCUCCAGAAAAGUUACAUAGCAAGGAACUGAAGACAUUGAAAUCUUAUAUUGAUUUUAUUGAAAACAUUUUUAAGUUGAAUUAGUCUCAUAAAAAAGAAACAACAUCUGAACAAAGUAAAAAUUCAAGUUGACAAUAACUUGUGUUGGUUGCUCAGUAUGAGAGCUUAUGCUAACUCAAUUAGCUUUAGUUUUAAUGGUGAGUGUAGUGCUAUUUGAAACCAGCUGAAGCAUGUUGAAUCCAUUACCUGUUAGCAUGGUGUCAUGGAAGUAGGGGAGAGGGAGGAGGGAAUGUUUUCGGAAAGGCCCUUCUUUCAAGUCUGGAUCAAUCUGCACUUAUGAGAUCCAGGCUUGUUCUGUAAGCCUGGAUCACAUAAGAGUAAACCAGACUGAGGAAAGGUACAUGUUGGGGAUGGGGGCAUUAUAUGAAAAUGAAUAAUAUAAAUAAUAAUUGGUUCUCAAACUGUGGUACAAAUACAAUUUAUGGUAUGCUGUUGGUACUGUUUUAGACCUGGUUUAGUCCUAGUUUAUUUUAGUCAAGCUUCAGUCCUGGUUUUAGAUACAAAGCCAAAUAUUUUCUGAGUUGGUUUUCAAAUAUUUUAAUGAAUGAAUGAAUAAUUUUAAAUAGGAUGUGUUCACGUUCUAGAAUUUGACAAUGUCACAAAACAUCCCAUAUCAAUCUUAUGACUUUUGGUGUUGAGCAAUGGCACUACUUUCUGAAGCUAAAAUUUCACCUUAGUGCAUUUAUCCUAACAGAGAAGACAUUGACCUGUUUGUUUCAUCAUAAUCUCAGUAAUGGCCUAAUAAUAAUCUCAGUCAGCUGUGAUCAACUGUUAAUAAUUCCAUCCAAAAAUCAGGAACAAUUUAUGUACAAGGAAAGCAUUUUCUGACUAUUUAAACAUUGAUUUAACUAAAUAAAAGUGUUGUCAUUUAUUUAUAGUUGUCAAAUCUAACUAUUGUGUAAUUUAGAAAAGUUUGGGCCCUUAUUUACAGUGUGGUUGCUUAGUAACAGUUAUUCUACCUCUUCAUCAAAAUUACAAAAUUAGAAAAGAGUGGGCCAUUUUUUAAUACAAUCUGAAAUAUAAUGACAUUAGAGAAAUGAGUCGUCUAACUUGUCAUAUGCAAACUUUUAAACUGCAAAUUCCACUACAUAAUUCUGACCUGUUCUCCAGCUCAAUUUUAAACUGUUCAUUUUAGAAUGUUGUGAUGUCACAUGAAUGCAACCUCUUGAUAAUUUGCAGCUGAUGUAAUCAACAUUCCCUGGGGGUGUGAUGCUAACUUGCUUUGUUAUGCUUUAAUCUGGGUUUUGUUUUAACAAUCUGACCAGAAAGAACUGAAUUAUUUGGAGCUGAGAUGAUUUUGUAUUGAACACAGGCUCCGAAAUUUUUUUGUUUAAGUCCAUUUUGUAUUUUUUCUUUAGUUUUCAGAAGAUCUUAAAACUUUUUUAGAAGUGUUUGCUAAUGUGUGCAAUGUGUCACUAUGGUAACUGUUGAACAUUCCACCAUACGCAUACAUGCAAAACACCCCCAGCAUGAUGUCAUUGCAAAGAAUCAAUUCUGAUCUGUUCUCCAGCUCAAUUUCAAACUGACCAUUUUAGAAUGUUGUGAUGUCACGUGAACACAACCUAUUGAUUGUUCUCCAAAAUUGAUGUGGAACCACGUUUUUGAUUUUAAGGCAGGGGUCUCAAAUGCAAAUUAGCAGGAGGCAGAGACUGGAUGAGGCUGGGCGUAUCAGGUAUUUAAAAUUUUCUCAAAAGUCAUCACAGUUUUCAACAUACAUGAGGAAAUAUGCCAAUUCUUGUGGAUUUUAUGGAUAUACAUCGUUAUUUGUUGAAUCUUUUGCGACAGGAAGACACAGCACGAGUGACACAUGGUAAAGCCACACUAACAUUUAACUUUCAUAUUGUCCUGCAGGCCACAAAAUAUCCUCUCGCGGGCUGCAAUUGGCCCCCGGGCCGCGAGUUUGAGACCCCUGUUUUAAGGGGAUAUUGUUUUUCAUUAUAUGCUUUAUGAAUAACAAGUUGAUCUAUCUUGCUUCUGAAUCUCUCCUUCUUCACGGAAUAGGCCCCACACCACUUAUACAUGGUUGUGGAGGCUCCUCUCAGAAGGUCAUUAGAACUUUGGGUUGUCCGAGUGCAGAUCUUCAUGGUAAUGCUUUUCUACAGAACUUCUGCUGGAGCGUAGAGUCUGUGGACUGUAUGUUUAGUAUUUACAAUAUUAAUAUUUUUCUGAGCUGCCUUUUGACUAUUGUGAAUAAAACACAGGUACGUCGACUUUACAUAUUACUCGUUAGUAUUUUCAUUUUAAAAGAGACAUACUAUCAUU